ACAAAAACAAAAAGAGAUCGUGAACUACCGUACCGUGACCGUCACUGCGCUUGUUGUCUAAAUCUUGAAUUGAUUUGCUUCAACUGUUUGAUCCAAGUCACCAUGAUUUUAAUCAAGUAUGAUUGUGUACUUCCAUUGAUUGCAAUAUUAUGUAUCUGUCUGUCGACUACGCUUGCAGCUAAGAAGAAAAAGACUAAGGAACUGGAGAUCAUAUCAGAGUACAAACCAGAAGAAUGUACAGUCGUAGCAGAAACUGGAGAUGCCGUCAAAGUGCAUUACACAGGUAAAUUUGAGAAUGGCGCCAUCUUUGACUCAUCAAGGCAAGAUAACCGAGAUCCGAUUGAUUUCAAGCUUGGUGGCAAGAUGGUGAUCCAGGGUUGGGAGAUGGGAAUCGUUGGCAUGUGUGUCGGGGAGAAGCGAAAGCUCAUCAUUCCUCCUCAUCUAGGUUAUGGGAAGAGAGGAAGCGGACCUAUACCACCCGAUUCAACACUCGUCUUUGAAACGGAGCUCGUGGAUUUACAGAAACCUGAAAAUUCCUUUUCCAGUCGUGUAAUGAAGCUGGUUCGAUUCAUCGUUCCUCCCUCGAUAGUCAUCUUACUCAUGUACUACAUGUGGGAGAAAAGUGCCAAAAACCCGUCAGGGAAAUUAAAAGGUGACAGAAGGGGAAAAAAGAAGAGAUAAUGUCUAGCUGCUCCUAGAUCUUGCAUAUUUGAAUAACACAUGUACACUCAGUGGACUAUUAUUAUGCAACUUGAAGUGGGGAAAAGUCCCUGCCAUUAAAGCGGGGUUGGCAAUUUCCUGGGAAAUUUAGGUUUAUCCUGCCCAGCUGGGAAAUACUGGGGAAAAACCUGUAAAUGCUUUUGAGUACUUAAGAUGUACAGGGAAGUACAGGGAAAGGCUUAGAAUAUGCUUGAGAAACAUUAGGGCAAUACCUGAAAUAUUGAAGAAGUAUAUUUUGUAUUAUUUUCCAGCGUUUCCAGCUAUUUUCCAUUUUCCUAAGAACUUAUCGAGGCAGUAUUUACCGGUAUUUAACCACCAGUAUUUCCCAGAUCCGGCCAGCCCCGCAUUGAAGAAGAGAAAGAUGUGCUUUGUGUGGGUCCAUUGAUCCAUUUUGACAAAUGCAAUCAUAUACCAAAGUAAAUGAAAAACUGUCUUGCCCAAUUUCACAAGAGAGGGUGUCUGUGGUGUUCAUUCAACCUGUCUCAGUGACAACCUGUCUUUAAUGGCCCCUAUUGUCUUUAAUGGCCACUAUUGUCUGCAAUUCAAUAGGAAUAUGUUUUAGAACCUUUCUACAGUGGCCACAUUUUUAGUUUUUCUUAAGUCGUCCGCACACCUUACGACCCUACUGGUCUACGACUGGCUUGCGACUGAGUGAGGGGAGAUGUGAGCUCUUGUCAGCUUGAGAGUCGUAGACCGGUCAGAGACAAGUCGCAAGGAAAAUCAUAAGGAUUUGACAUGUCGAAUCCUUAUGACUGGAUCGCAAGCUCAAUCCAACUUCUAGCCAAUCAGACAGCAGAGUUGCACGACGUGUAUAUGGUAUACAAUGCGCGUAUGUAGAAGUAAGCGCCAUUUUCUCAGUUGCUAUGGCAAAAAGCAUGCGUGAGUCGCAGACAGCAUGGUAGUCGGGUCGCAAGGUGUGCAGUGUGGAGGCUUAUGACUACCUUGCGAUUCAUCUCUACUCACUCGGUCGCAAGCCAGUCGUAGACCAGUCGGGUCGUAAGGUGUGCGGUUGCCUUUAGAUGGCCUUAAUAGACAGGUUUGCCUGUAUUUUGAGGAAACUUGUUAUGCAUCUUGCUGCUUUGUGUUUUGUGUCUUAUGCUUCUUUAAAGAAUGUCACAACUUAAAUCACGAGGAAUAUUCUCAUUUCAAUAGGUUUGACAUCUAGACAUGAUAAACAGGGGUGUGAGAGUUCAGCCUUUAGCUGAUAUCAGCUAUUUUUGCUAUUGAUUUUCAGCUUGAUUACAGCUUAUUUGAGCUUUCUAGUGUACAAAAUGUGUGGGAGCUCUUUCGACUUCAGCUUUUUAAAAACAAUUUCAGGUUUUUUUCAGCUCUUUUUAUUUGUAAUUACUCACACCUUAUUGGAAAAUAACAGUUUUGAGUUGGGGCAGCUGCUCAGUUUAUCAUAAUGUACAGUAGUUUAUGAUAAAGAUCUAAGUAAUUCCUUUAUUUUUUACAUGUCAUGUCCCUUCUCUCAUAUUCCCUUCCUUUCCCUUUUCUUCUUUUUCGCCUAUCAUUGUUUCCUUUUUCUUUUACGAUAUUUUAAGAAAGUAGUGGUUCUUUACCUUUAUUUGUUUCUCAUCAUUUAAUUGUUUCACACAUUUUUCUUAGUACAUUUUUUUUUGCUUUUCCGUUAAUUCAGAUUAAAUAUGAGUAUUACCAUGAUUACUUGAAGGUAAUAUGUUAUGUAAUGAUUUUUCAUAGCUCAGUUGAGAUCUAUUCAAACUUUUUACAUAUACUUCUAGCAUUCCAACUUGUUUUAUUUCUCUCUUGUGUUAUUAUUUAAUUUACAAAUAUUGCACUUGUUGAAUAUGUAUAUACUGAAUUGUCUUUAGCUGACAAUUUCUUCUGUAAGUUUUUCAGGGUUUAUUUUAUUUUAUUUAUUUAUUUUCUUAGGGGGGCUAUGCUAAGAUAUAUUUGUUUACUAUUCAUUGUAUUGUUUUCUCCCCACUCUUUUUCUUUGCUUUCUAUCAUUUUAUUGUCUUAGGUCACAUGAUCAUGGUAUAAAGGUCAUUUUGGGUCAAUGGACAUAAUGUUUUAUUAUCAUUAGUGUUUUCUUCUGUGAAUAAUUAUUCAUUAGCUAUUUUCAAAGGCAGCACUGCUGCUAUUUCAAAUUGUGUAAUGUAGGCGAGACUGCUAGUGGUGUUCCACUUGUUCCCUUUCCUUUCUUAUAAUAGUAAUGUUACUAAAUCUCUUCAUUUUUUCAUUACUUGUUAUACUUCUUUUUCUUAGUACCUUUUUUCUUCUCUUCUGCAAAUUUACCUUAUUAAUGUUACUUGGAGGUAAUUGAUUUUAAGUAAUGCUUUUCUUUUAAGCUCAGUUGAGUAAUAUUCACUUCCAAUUUAUAGAAACGUUUAGCAUUCCAACUUGUAUUCAAUCUGCUUUUAUGAUAAUUUAAUGUACAGGGAUUGCAUGUGUUGCAUAAUUGCAAUGAUCUCUUUUGUGGGGAUUUUUUUUUUUUUUGGGGGGGGGUUCUAAAAGAUCAAGUUAUGUUUACUCUUUGUUUUGUUUUUUUCCAAUUGUUUUCUUCAAAAAUCCGCUUCAAAGGGACUGAAAUGUCAUUGAAAGUUGUCUAUAUUAUAUAAGAUAAAUACAAGAUAGUCCUGUGGUAUAUACAUGUUUAUGUGACCUCAUGAAACGAUCAUGUACAACAAUAAUUACAUUCCUAUAAUACUUAUUUUUCUGCAUGUAUUUCGUAUGACUCCUCCCUCCCUGCCCCACUCUCCUCCCCCUGCCCCUCUCUGUCUCUCUCCUCUUCCCUUCUGUCCUCUGUCAUUUAUUAUUUCUUUGCUUAUUCAUAAUCUAAAUCAAGAGCUAGAAAGAAGAAAGAGAAUUCCUAUAUGCUUGUUUGGUCUGUAUGUGCCAAAUGAAAUAUCACAGCUGUAAUAAAGAUUUUUUUUUUAAUGAA